UGGCCUACAUCUUGGGGUCAGAGAGAGAGAGAGAGCACGAGAGAGUUACAGAGCGAGACAGAGAAAGAAAGGAAAGGAUAGAAUGAGUGUGAGAGAGAGGAAGGGAAUGUGAACAGAGUAUCUGAAAGAGUGUAAUAGAAGAAUAGAGCAAGAGAGCAACAUUGAGAGAGGAGACUUUAAGUAAGGGCUCAUCGUGGAUUUAGUAUUGAUCGGGGGGUGAAAAAGUGUUGGUGUUAGAAUUAAAUGUAGUCUGCUGUCAGUUGUGGAUGAGAAAAGGAUUUGAGUACAACAGGUGCACUUAUAAAGUUUCUUCAAGACAAGACAACCUGAGCAGAACAAACAACCAGGCCACAGCUGGAAGAUCAAUUGAUCCCUUAUUCCUAUUUGUCAGUGUUGUUGUCAUGGCGAGGCACUGGCGUCUGUCAUCGGAGGGCUUCCCCCCUGUCAGCGGCCAUUUUGGAUCAACAGGCGGACUCAGGACGGAGAGAAAAGAAGAGGAAGAGGAGGAACGCUCACCCAUCUACUCCCUCUCCAAGAGCUCCAUGGACGUAGUCACGGCAACCAAACACCCGCAUCUGCGAGACCCGGCCUGGGCAAAACUGGAGCUGAGACGGAGCGCCAGCCAAAAUACACAGUCCUCCACAAACACACACACACCAAAACUCACAACCCUACAGCAAUACAUACAACAACCCACACCCUCACACUCACAGACGUCUCAAAACAUACACGGGCACGGAUCUCCCCUUAGUAAUGAGCGUGUGGCGCGUUGGAGUAUGUGUAGCGCCAGUGUGUGUAGCAGUGUUAGCACACCAGAGACGGUCAUAUGGAAGGGAGGGAGUAUGACUGAGGAGACCCCGUGCAUCCUGUACUCCGCUCGCUGCUCCAGACUGGCUUCAGAGUCUCAGUCUUCCAUACAAACACCUGCUACACCCUCACCUUUCACCUCACCCCUAAACACACCCACUCAGAGCCCAACCCUACACACACGCCACAACCUACCCCAACUCCAAUACAGACCGUCACCCCUUACCGCAGACACACCCUGUCAAACGCACACACCUUCACCUAUGUCCUCACCCCUACCUAUAAUGUUACCACUACCCUCACCCCUAUCUAUAACCUCACCUCUACCCUCACCUCUAGCUGUAAUAUCAUGCCUACCCUCACCCCUAUCUAUAACCUCACCUCUACCCUCACCUCCAGCUGUAAUAUCAUGCCUACCCUCACCCCUAUCUGUAACCUCACCUCUACCCUCACCUCCAGCUGUAAUAUCAUGCCUACCCUCACCCCUGACCCCUAAAGGAAAUCCAAAUCCUUACACAGACGAGGCCUGUUCCCCCCACAAGCAUCCCUCUUCCCCCUUUCCCUCUCCUUCCUGUAGAGCUCAGGGUGUGGAAGGUCUGGAGGAGAGGGGCAGCAUUGAGCAGGUCCCACCCCAACCAGGGUGCACCCCUGUGGGGAUGUACUAUGUAGAGAAGCCCCCUAUCCUGAGCCCCAGACCCAGACCUAACAACAACACACCUCCGUUGGGUGUUUGCUUGGGCAUCCCUGUACAGCAGCAAGAAGUGGAGAUGGACCCUUGGGUGUUUUUCCCCAGCCCACCUGCUCACCUGGCAUUGUCAUGGUCACCGAGGCUCACCUGUCCGUCUGGCCGAGGUCAGAUAUCGGCAGGUUUAGUUUCCUCCCUCAGCGACUCACAAUUGGACGGCUGCCCCCGCUGCUCCUGUAACUCUGCCUAUUCAGGGGUCAUGAACUUGAUGACAUCAUUACCCCAGGGGUCAGGGUUCAGGGAGGAGGGGACAAUGACAUCACAGAGGGAGCUGGUGGAGGUCGGGGUGCAGGCAGGGUCACCUCAAGGGUCAAGGUUAAACUUUAGGUCCCUCCAGAGCUCCCUAAAGGAUUAUGGGUCGGACACUAAUCUGGGGUCUCCCCCUCGGUCCAACUCCAUCAUGGGCUACAACACUUAUCUAGGUUCACAGUCCAUCUUGGGGUCCCCUCCGGGGUCAAGGUUGAACCUGAGGUCAUCGCUAGGCUCCCACUCCAACCUGGUGUCGCCCUCUUCCAGUAUGUUCCCUCUGGACAUCCCCAGAGAGGGGUGGGAGGAGAAGUUAGAGUGGGAGGACAGCAUCUCUGCCCCACUGGGGGAGAUGGGGAGGAGGAGAUCCUGUCUGAAGGUGGUGGUACAGGAGGAGGAUAGGAGUAGAAGUGGAGAAUGGGAUCACAGCAAGAGGAGGAGUAGUAUGAAGCAGGUGCAGUGGGAUGAAGACGGGAUGACCUGGGAUGUUUACGGAGCCUCUCUGGACCCCGAGGAACUCAGCUCGGCCAUACAGAAACACCUGCAACUCAAGACCAGGACAGACAACACAAACACAGAAACCACUCCCAAAACCAAACCGAAGACUAAAAGCAAAUCAAGGGUUAAGGUCAUUUCUAAAACCAAGAACAAAACUCCUCUCAUGGAAACCGCUACCCCGUCAACCCCUGUUAUGACAACCAAAGGCAAGACCGCUUCCAUGGAAACCACUACCCUGUCAACCCCUGUCACUACCAAAAGAAAGACCACUGCCAUGGCAACUUCCCCAAUGGCAUUAUCGAUUAAUACCGUGGCGACUGCUGCCAUUGAGACUGAGGCUGACACCAAAGGAGAGGGAGAGAGAGAGGGAGUCAGAGAGGGAGAAAAAGAGGGAGAAGGAGAACAGAGACAGAGAGAACCAGAGGGAGAGGUAAAGGUAGAGAGGGAGGAAGAAGGAAAGUUAGAGGGAGAUAGCGAGGGAGGAAUAGAUGGAAAGGGAAAGGGAGGAGGACAGAGGGAUGGAGGACUGAAGGGGGAAGAGACAGAGGAAAAGGGGACACCAGUGCUGUCUCGUAAGUCGUCAUAUCGUGAGAGUGGGCAGAGCAGGAAGAAGAGUGGAGGAGUGAUGAAGUCACUGAAGCGAUGUGUUCGCUCCUCAAACCCCAAUGAAUGACACUGGAAGAACACUGAGAAGGUGGACAUGAUCACAUUAUAAGACUAACCAAUGACUGUAUGGGACUAACACUGGAGGUUGGCGGGGUGCAGGGUGCAGGGUGCAGUCUAAAGUGCAAAUGAGGCAUCUGAAUAACACUAACACUGGACUCCCUACUGCUGUGUUGUAGUUUUUGACUACUUUAUAUAAAAUGUAUAUGUUAGUAUUCAAAUAUAUCUGCCAGUAGGUGAAAAAUAUGUUGGGUUGGAAAGGAUACUACUCCAGUUCAGGUUUGCAAUAACAUCUACAGUUGAAGUCGGAAGUUUACAUACACCUUCGCCAAAUACAUUUAAACUCAGUUUUUCAUCAUUCCUGACAUUUAAUCCUAGUAACAAUUCCCUGUCUUAGGUCAGUUAGGAUCACCACUUUAUUUUAAGAAUGUGAAAUGUCAGAAUAAUAGUAGAGAGAAUGUUUUAUUUCAGAUUUGAUUUCUUUCAUCACAUUCCCAGUGGGUAAGAAGUUGAAAUACACUCAAUUAGUAUUUUGGUAGCAUUUCCUUUAAAUUGUUUAACUUGGGUCAAACGUUUCGGGUAGCCUUCCACAAGCUUCCAAAAUAAGUUGGGUGAAUUUUAGCCCAUUCCUCCUGACAGAGCUGGUGUAAUUGAGUCAGGUUUUUGAAGGCCUCCUUGCUCACACACGCUUUUUCAGUUCUGCCCACAAAUAUUCUAUAGGAUUGAGGUCAGGGCUUUGUGAUGGCCACUCCAAUACCAUGACUUUGUUAUCCUUAAGCCAUUUUGCCACAACGUUUGAAGACUGCUUGGGGUCAUUGUCCAUUUGGAAGACCUAUUUGCAACCAAGCUUUAACUUCCUGAAUGAUGUCUUGAGAUUAUGGCCAAACAGUUUUUUUGUUUGUUUAAUCAGACCAGAGGAAAAAGUACGAAAAGUACACUCUUUGUCCCCAUGUGCUGUUGCGACCCGAAGUCUGCCUUUUUUAUGGCAGUUUUGGAGCAGUGGCUUCUUCCUUGCUGAGCCUUUCAGGUUAUGUCGAUAUAGGACUCGUUCUACUGUGGAUAUAGAUACUUUUGUACCCGUUUCCUCCAGCAUCUUCACAAGGGCCUUUGCUGUUGUUCUGGGAUUGAUUUUCACAUUUUGCACCAAAGUAUGUUCAUCUCUAGGAGACAGAAACGCGUCUCCUUCCUGAGCAGUAUGACGGCUGCAUGGUCCCAUGGUGUUUAUACUUGUGUACUAUUGUUUGUACAGAUGAACGUGGUACCUUCAGGCAUUUGAACAUUGCUCCCAAGGAUGAACCAGACUUGUGGAGGUCUACAAUUUGUUUUCUGAGGUCUUGGCUGAUUUUUGAUUUUCCCAUAAUGUCAAGCAAAGAGGAACUGAGUUUGAAGGUAGGCCUUGAAACACAUCCACAGGUACACCUCCACCUCCAAAUUAGCCUAUCAGAAGCUUCUAAAGCCAAGACAUCAUUUUCUGGAAUUUUCCACUGUUUAAAGGCACAGUCAAUUUAGUGUAUGUAAACUUCUAACCCACUGGAAUUGUGAUACAGUGAAUUAUAAGUGAAAUGACAUGUGUCAUGCACAAAGUAGAUGUCCUAGCCGACUUACCGAAACUAUAGUUUGUUAACAAGAAAUUUGUGGAGUGGUUGAAAAAGAGAGUUUUAAUGACUCCAACCUGAGUGUAUGUAAACUUCCGACUUCAACUGUAGGUCCAGGAUCCCAGAAAAAACAGCCCUUAAUGUCAAUAUGUGUUACUGCCUGCCUGCACUGCAUUACAGUAAACAUGGAUAUGUGAAUGUGUGGAUGCCAUGAAUUAUUGUAAAUAAUCUCCAAUAGGAAAAAAAUGUAAUGUAUUAAAAUAUCCUGUCAAAACAUUCACUGAUGUUACUUUCAUAUGCAUUCUUUGUACUUUGCAGUAUAUACACAUACAUGUACAUAGGCACUCGCUCGCUCGCUCACUCUCUCAAAAAAAAAUACACAGACACUCACACAGAGUGUUUGUAAACUUGGUGAAACAUGGUGGUGUGAGUAAGUCUAUGUUCAGUUCAUUCAGGCCCUGUGUACUGCUACUGUUCAGAUGAGCAGGCACAUUCCCUGUCAUUCACCGUAGUAAAGGCCUGAAACCACACCUCACUAGCUGCUUCUACUGUUGUCAUAUCUCACUGUUAACGAACAAACACGGUAGUUGUAUUUGUUAUGUAGAGAAACAAAGCCCUCUCUCUUGCCUGCCCCCUGUAUGGUGAAAGUGGUACAGUCCUGGGCCUAGGUGCAAGCCAUACUUAUACUGUAUAGGAUCACUUCAUCCAUCCACAGCCCUAGGGAGGUUUGGAUAAGUUAUAGAGGUUAACUGGAGAAGAUUUAGAGUUAGGUAGAUGUUUAGAUAAGUAGAAGUAAGCCUGAUGAUGGAAAUUAUUUACAGGUAAUGGGGUGUAAUAGUUUGUAGAUAUGAAUGGGUAGAGUGACAAAUUGUGUGCGUGUACAGGGGUUGGGUUUGGAGGGUACAGGUCACCGGAUCACGUGACACAGAAUCAGGAGAUGGGCUUAUGGGGUGACGUGCGUCAUGGGGUGAGUAGGGAGUAAAGUAGGGGGGCUGUUUUUUUCCUACAUGUUUGUCCUAUGUUUGCGGCCAAGGGAGUGUGUUGUGCCUGUGUGCAUGUGUUCAUGCAUGCGCAUGUAUGAAUGUGUGUGUGUGUGUGUGUGUGGGAAUGUGGGUGUGUUGAAAGUGCUGAUGGGCCCCCCAGAAGUCCCUAUCCAUUGCUGUAGAAGCCCCUGGCUGCAAGAGAACAAUCCAGCACUGGGGCUUUGUAGUCAUCUUUGUCCCUGGGGGAAAUGUGUGUG